AUGACAAAGUUGGAACAAAGAGGACUACUGAGAGUUCAUAAAGAGAUCUUCAGAGAGAGGACUUGUCAGGUAGAUCAUCGAAUUUCCUUCUCUCUCUGGCGGUUAUUAGGGUUUAAUCUUCGAUUAGAUUAUAUUCGAUUUGUGGGAGGCGGUGCGGAAGCUCAUGCUAGAUUCAAGCAGUAUGAGUACAGGGCCAACUCUAGCUUGGUGCUAACCAGUGAGAAUCGUCCUCGCGAUACACACGAGCCUACCGGAGAGCCUGAGACUCUGUGGGGGAAGAUUGAUCCUAAGUCGUUUGGAGAUAGAGUUGCUAAGGGAAGACCUCAGGAGCUUGAUGAUAAGCUUAAGAAGUCGAAGAAGAAGGAGCGUGAUGUUGUUGCGGAUGAUACUGUUUCUGCUCGGCAGAGCAAGAGGCGUCGGCUCAGGGAAGAGAGUGUGCUCACGGAUACCGACGAUGUGGUUUAUCAGCCCAAGACUAAGGAGACGAGGGCUGCUUAUGAGGCUAUGCUUAGUCUGAUUCAGCAGCAGCUUGGUGGUUUGCCUUUGAACGUUGUUAGUGGUGCUGCGGAUGAGAUCUUGGCUGUUCUCAAGAAUGACGCUGUGAAGAACUCUGACAAGAAGGCGGAGAUUCAGAAGCUGCUGAACCCUGCACCUGAUCAGAUUCAUCAGGUUUUUGAUCAGCUUGUUUCCAUUGGGAAGUUGAUCACCGACUUUCAAGAAGGUGGUGAUUCUGGUGGUGGUAAAGCCAAUGUAGAUGAGGGGCUUGAUGAUGAUGAUGUUGGCGUGGCUGUUGAGUUUGAGGACAAUGAAGAAGAUGGCGAGGAGAGUGAUCCUGAUAUGGUACAGGAGGAAGACGAUGAAGAGGAUGAUGAGCCUCAGAAAACUGGAGGGAUGCAAGUGGAUGCAGGGAUAGAUGAGGAGGAUGCAGGAGAUGUGAAUGAGGGCACCAGUCUGAACGUUCUGGAUAUUGAUGCUUACUGGCUCCAGAGAAAGAUAUCUCAGGCUUAUGAACAGCAGAUUGAUCCGCAACAGUGCGAAGUACUAGCUGAAGAGCUGCUUAAGAUACUCGCUGAAGGGGAUGAUAGGGAGUUGCUUAUGCAUCUUCAGUUUGAAAAGUUCACACUCGUUAAGUUUCUGCUGCGGAACCGUUUUAAAAUUGUGUGGUGUACGCGUUUGGCUAGGGCAGAGGACCAGGAAGAGAGGAAUAGAAUUGAAGAGGAGAUGAGAGGGUUGGGCCUGGAACUGGCAGCAAUUGUGGAUCAGUUGCAUUCAACAAGAGCAACAGCGAAAGAGAGGGAGGAGAACGUGCAGAAAAGUAUUAAUGAAGAGGCCCGGCGUCUGAAGGAAGAAACUGUUGGAGAUGGAGGUCGAGGCAGGAGAGAUGUUACUGAUAGAGAUUCAGAGAGUGGUUGGUUGAAGGGUCAGCGUCAGAUGCUAGACUUGGAGAGCUUGGCUUUUGACCAAGGUGGUCUCCUGAUGGCGAAUAAGAAGUGUGACCUUCCAGCUGGCUCCUACAGAACACAUGGAAAGGGAUAUGAAGAAGUUCAUGUGCCAUGGGUUUCUAAAAAGGUGGAUAUCAGUGAGAAGCUUGUGAAGAUCACCGAGAUGCCAGAUUGGGCUCAGCCGGCUUUUAAGGGAAUGCAACAGCUGAACAGGGUUCAGAGCAAAGUGUUUGAUACAGCUCUAUUUAAGGCAGAUAACAUACUUCUUUGUGCUCCUACUGGUGCUGGGAAAACCAAUGUUGCCAUGCUCACCAUACUGCAGCAAAUUGAGUCCAGUAGGAACGAAGAUGGAACACUCAACCAUGGAAAGUACAAAAUUGUGUAUGUUGCACCCAUGAAAGCCCUAGUUGCUGAGGUUGUAAGUAACCUGUCUAAUCGUCUGAAGGAUUAUGGAGUCACUGUGAGGGAACUCAGUGGGGAUCAGUCCCUCAGUGGGAAGGAAAUUGAGGAGACCCAGAUAAUUGUCACCACACCAGAGAAGUGGGAUAUCAUCACAAGGAAGUCUGGUGAUCGCACUUACACCCAGCUUGUGAGACUUCUUAUAAUCGAUGAGAUCCAUCUUCUUCAUGAUAAUCGAGGGCCUGUGCUUGAAAGCAUUGUCGCUAGGACUCUGAGGCAGAUUGAAACCACGAAGGAGAAUAUUCGCUUGGUGGGUUUGUCAGCUACACUGCCAAAUUACGAAGAUGUGGCCUUAUUUUUGCGGGUUGAUCUUAAGAAAGGGUUGUUUAAAUUCGACCGCAGCUACAGACCGGUGCCUCUUGGUCAGCAGUAUAUUGGAAUCAGUGUGAAAAAACCAUUGCAGAGGUUCCAGCUGAUGAAUGAUCUUUGUUAUGAGAAAGUAUUGGCUGGUGCUGGAAAGCAACAGGUUCUUAUUUUUGUUCACUCGAGGAAGGAAACAGCAAAAACUGCAAAUGCAAUAAAGGACACCGCAACGAACGAUACACUCAGCAGAUUCUUGAAAGAAGACAGUGCAAGUCGUGAAGUUCUUCAGAGUCAGAUUGAUCUUAUAAAGAAUGUUGAUCUGAAAAAUCUUCUGCCUUACGGUUUUGCUAUUCAUCAUGCUGGGCUAACAAGGGGUGAUCGUGAGAUAGUUGAGGCCCUUUUUGGUGAAGGGCAUGUGCAAGUCUUGGUUUCCACAGCAACUCUUGCAUGGGGGGUGAAUCUCCCUGCUCAUACUGUCAUAAUCAAAGGAACACAGGUCUAUAAUCCUGAGAAAGGGGCGUGGAUGGAACUCAGUCCCCUGGAUGUUAUGCAGAUGCUUGGUCGUGCUGGAAGACCUCAGUAUGAUGAAUAUGGGGAGGGUAUAAUUAUCACUGGCUACAGCGAGCUGCAGUAUUACCUGUCUUUGAUGAAUGAGCAACUACCUAUUGAAAGCCAGUUCAUUUCCAAACUUGCUGAUCAGCUUAAUGCCGAAAUUGUUCUUGGAACUGUUCAGAAUGCUAAAGAGGCUUGCCACUGGCUUGGGUAUACGUAUCUCUAUAUCCGUAUGGUUCGUAAUCCGACGCUGUAUGGUUUAGCGCCUGAUGCCCUUGUAAUAGACGUAGUCUUGGAGGAAAGGAGAGCUGACCUGGUACGUACUUUCAUCUGCUUUAACCUGUUGUUAUCUAUUGUUAAUAGUUUACUUGCUAUCAGCGCUGGACGUCUUGUACGAGCUCUCUAUGAAAUUGUAUUGAAGCGCGGAUGGGCUCAACUGGCUGAGAAAGCUCUGAACUUGUCUAAAAUGGUUGGGAAGAGGAUGUGGAGUGUCCAGACACCUCUUCGUCAGUUUCAUGGAAUUCCUAAUGAGAUUUUGAUGAAGUUGGAGAAGAAGGAUUUGGUGUGGGAGAGGUACUAUGACCUGUCGUCACAGGAGCUAGGAGAGCUUAUUCGUAGUCCUAAGAUGGGCAGACCGCUUCACAAGUUCAUCCACCAGUUCCCAAAAUUGGUUCUUGCAGCACAAGUUCAGCCUAUUACUCGAACUGUUCUGCGGGUGGAGCUCACGAUUACACCCGACUUCCAGUGGGACGAAAAAAUUCAUAAAUAUGUGGAGCCGUUUUGGAUCAUUGUGGAAGACAGUGAUUGUGAGAAAAUCCUUCAUCAUGAGUAUUUUCUAUUGAAGAAGCAGUAUAUCAGUGAGGAUCACACUUUAAACUUCACUGUCCCAAUCUUUGAACCGCUGCCACCUCAGUAUUUUGUCCGAGUGGUUUCAGACAAGUGGCUUGGCUCGCAGACUGUGUUGCCUGUAUCCUUUAGACACCUUAUACUUCCAGAAAAGUACCCACCACCUACAGAGCUACUGGACUUGCAGCCCCUUCCUGUCACAGCGCUUAGGAAUCCGAGUUAUGUGAGACUCUAUCAGGAUUUCAAGCAUUUCAAUCCGGUGCAGACUCAGGUCUUUAAUGUUUUGUAUAACACUAAUGAUAAUGUGUUGGUUGCUGCUCCAACUGGAAGUGGGAAGACUAUAUGUGCUGAGUUUGCUAUAUUGAAGAAUCAUCAAGAAGUACUCCUAAGGCAGCAAGAUGAUACUAAAAGACAAAGCGGACCUGAUACUACGACGAUGCGUGUUGUCUAUAUUGCACCGUUAGAGGCUAUUACUAAGGAGCAGUUUCGCAUCUGGGAGAGGAAGUUUGGGAAGGGUCUUGGUUUACGGGUUGUUGAGCUGACCGGGGAGACAGCGUUGGAUCUUAAGCUGCUGGAGAAGAGUCAGAUAGUCAUAAGUACUCCUGAGAAAUGGGAUGCUCUUUCUCGCAGGUGGAAACAGAGAAAAUACGUACAACAGGUUAGUCUUUUCAUUGUGGACGAGCUUCAUCUAAUUGGUGAAGGUCAAGGCGGUACAGUGUUGGAGGUGAUAGUGUCUAGAAUGAGAUAUAUUUCUAGUCAGGGUGAGAAUAAAAUCAGGAUUGUUGCGCUUUCCACUUCCCUCGCAAAUGCGAAAGAUCUUGGCGAGUGGAUUGGGGCCAGUUCUCACGGCCUAUUCAAUUUUCCUCCUGGAGUCCCUCCUGUUCCACUGGAGAUCCACAUUCAAGGAGUGGAUAUAUCCAGUUUUGAAGCCAGGAUGCAGGCAAUGACCAAGCCAACCUACACCGCCAUAGUCCAGCAUGCCAAGAACAAGAAGCCGGCUAUAGUUUUUGUCCCAACCCGUACACAUGUCCGCUUGACUGCUGUGGAUCUGAUGGCUUACUCUCACAUUGACAACCCACAGAGCCCUGAUUUCCUGUUAGGGAAACUAGAGGAACUUGAGGAUUUUGUUGAUAAACUCCGCGAGGAAACAUUGAAGGAGACACUGCGCCAUGGUAUUGGCUACUUGCACGAGGGUUUAUGCAGUCAGGAUCAGGAGAUUGUGACACAGAGUCAAGAUCAGGAGAUCGUGACACAACUCUUUGAAGCUGGACGGAUUCAGGUUUGUGUGAUGAGCAGUUCAUUGUGUUGGGGCACUCCAUUAACUGCACAUCUGGUGGUGGUGAUGGGGACGCAGUACUACGAUGGAAGGGAGAAUUCACACUCAGAUUAUGCAGUCUCUGAUUUGCUUCAGAUGAUGGGGCGUGCUAGCCGACCUCUACUUGACAAUGCUGGGAAGUGUGUGAUAUUCUGUCAUUCUCCUCGUAAAGAGUAUUACAAGAAGUUUCUUUAUGAAGCCUUCCCUGUGGAAAGUCAUCUCCAGCAUUUCUUGCAUAAUAAUUUCAAUGCAGAAGUGGUUGCUGGGGUUAUAGAGAACAAGCAAGAUGCAGUUGAUUAUCUUACAUGGACUUUGAUGUACAGGAGGCUUCCCCAGAAUCCUAACUACUACAAUCUUCAAGGAGUGAGCCACAGACAUUUGUCUGAUCACCUAUCAGAGCUGGUUGAGAACACCUUGUCUGAUCUUGAAGCCAGUAAGUGCAUUGAGAUAGAGGAUGAGAUGGACCUCUCUGCUCUCAACCUUGGGAUGAUUUCAUCCUACUAUUACAUCAGUUACACCACCAUCGAGCGCUUCAGUUCUCUUCUGUCUUCUAAAACCAAGAUGAAGGGACUUCUCGAGAUCUUAACAUCGGCUUCAGAGUAUGACAUGAUCCCAAUAAGGCCUGGCGAAGAGGACAGAGUUAGGAGGCUCAUCAAUCACCGGAGGUUCUCGUUUGAAAACCCAAACUGCACAGAUCCUCAUGUGAAAGCAAACGCUCUUCUUCAGGCUCAUUUCUCGAGGCAAAGCAUUACCACGAACUUGGAAAUGGAUCAGCGUGAGGUCCUUCUAUCAGCAACCAGACUUCUACAGGCGAUGGUGGAUGUGAUAUCAAGCAAUGGCUGGCUGAAUCUUGCUCUGUUAGCAAUGGAAGCAAGCCAGAUGGUGACUCAAGGCAUGUGGGAGCGUGACUCGAUGCUUUUGCAGCUCCCUCACUUCACAAAGGACUUGGCAAAAAGAUGCCAGGAGAAUAACAUUGAAACCGUAUUUGAUCUUGUGGAGAUGGAGGAUGAAGAACGCCAAGAGCUUCUCAAGAUGAAGGACACUGAGCUCUUAGACAUUGCCAGAUUCUGCAACCGCUUCCCAAACAUUGAUCUGACUUACGAGGUUGUGGGCAGUGAAGAUGUGACCGCAGGGAAAGAGGUGACGUUGCAGGUGAUGCUUGAGAGAGACAUGGAGGGGAGGACAGAAGUGGGAGCUGUGGAUGCGCCCAGGUAUCCCAAGACCAAAGAAGAAGGGUGGUGGCUGGUUGUGGGGGACACCAAGACGAACCAGUUGGUGGCCAUCAAGCGUGUAUCCUUGCAGAAGAAAGCGAAGGUGAAGCUGGAUUUCCAAGUACCGAGUGAAGCAGGAGAGAAGUCGUACGCACUCUACUUCAUGUGCGACUCUUACUUGGGUUGUGACCAAGAGUACGCUUUCUCUGUUGAUGUCAAGGAAUCUGGCGCCGAAAACCCCAUGGAAGAAUGAUCUUCUGUUUCAGGCGUUGCUGGAUUCUGGAGAAGAGCAUUCUCACUUUUAUGUAAUAUGCGUCUUUAGUUUUAGACCAAAAUCUAUGGUUUUGUUCCUUGUUUUUUUGGCUGGACCAAAAUCUAACAGUAUACGUGUCAAAAACUUGUUUUGAAUUCUGUUACUCUGAAAGCUGAGAUUUGACAAACGAAUAAUAAUGAAAUGCAGCAAGUUUUAUUAA